AUGGCUUCGACCGACUUUUGCAUCUCAAAAGAAAGACUGCGGGUCUUUCGGGAAUGUUUGAAAGCAACGGCUACGACUCCGGAAGUUCUUCCGGACGGUGAUGACCUCUGGAAGGAUGGUUGGAGAAUUGUGGUUGAACUCUUGGAUCAGGCAGAAGGCAUGGCGCACUCGCAAGGGCAGCUGGACUGUGCGAAAUGCAUUGAAAGAUGCAAUCGCAUGAUUGAGAAAGUCAUGUCUGAGGAAAUGGCUGUGCUUCCAGACGUCUGUCGUCUCUGGACUCGGAACACAGACUGGGAUGGGCACUGGCCGCGGUUUGUGGAAAGGGUAGGUGCAUAUCAUCUGCGGCAGGUGGAAGAAGCGAUCCCCGCGCUGGAGCAGCUGCGACUGCGCUGGCAGGAGGUGGCUUGCGGCAUGGCGGACCGUCGCGUAUGUCGCUUGUGCGGCCUGGAGCAUGCUUCUGCUGCGGGCAGGAUGCAUGGUCGCUCCUUCUUUUGCACUGGUUGCUGGUCAGCAAAAGCGAUGCUGCAGCGCAACUUGGGAGACAGGACUGAACUGAAAGAUUUCAGUCCGGCCGAGACGCACUCCUUCUUUCGCGCCAUUGCGAAGGAAAAGGAGAAGCAGGGAGGUCGCAUUCAGUGGGUCACCGUGCGGGCCACACUUGUGAGAUCUCUGACAGAUCGCAGGAUCUCCACUUUUCGUGCUACGUGCACCCAAAAGGAGUUACCUCUGUCGGUGUGGGUUAACCAAGGCUGGGACAAGACCCUCGUGGAAGCGUGUCCCAAUCGGUUUUCCGAAGAACUGGGCACGCAAGUGUACGCUGUCCCCGUGCGGGAAUUGUCGUGGGGAGAAGAGUAUGCAAAGAUUGAGGAGCAAGUCCUGCGACAUGAGAGAGAGGGACAGAAAAGCAAGGGUGGAAAAAAGAAGAAGGAUAACGCUGCCAACGCAGAGGCGUCAUCCGAUGGAGAAUUGGAUUUGCCGGCUGCGGAAGGCAGUGUGUCCGAUAAGAAAGGAAAGCCGGAGGUGGAUCGCAAGAAGUUGUUGGCGAAGAACGUUGCGUUAGCUGACAAAGCCGCUAAGGCCUUGGGUCCCUUGCAAGGCACGGCCACAGGUGUCUCGAAGUUGCUGGAAAAAGUGGAGAAAAGCGGCUGUGAGAUUCCUGAGGGAAUCAAACAGUCGAAAGAUGAUUGCAUGGGCAAGCUCGAGACCUGGGUGACGGCGGCUCGUGAGUGCAUCAACGUGCAUGAGUCGACCCGCGAGCUGUGGAAGGACGCUGGUGGCGAUCUGCUGCCUUUGACGGCUUUGCCGUUCGAAGGCAAUGAUGUGAAGUUGCUGCUAAAGCAAGCAACGGAAGUGCAGAGCGCAUUGCGUUCCCUGCUGCCCAAAAAGGAGGCGAAGGCGAAGGCGGCGCCCAAGGCCAAUGCUGCGGCGAAAGCUUCGCCCAAGAAGAGGGCAGCUCGCAGCCACGACAGUGAGGGCGGUGACAAGCGCCGCAAAACUGGCAAGAGCCCCCCUUGA